GUCCCAGCUCAACUCCAGCCAUGAGGUUCCUCUACCUUCUCUUUGCUGUCUUCCUCCUGGUCUCCUUGGCCACUCCAGGCUAUGGGCAGCUAAGGAAGUACUGCCCCAAGGUGGGAUACUGCUCCAGCAAGUGCUCCAAGGCAGAUGUUUGGUCCUUCUCUGCUGACUGCAAGUACUACUGCUGCAUCCCACCCGGCUGGAAGGGGAAGUAGGAGCUGAAGAGGAAGGGUCUGGGGGAAGAGGAGGCUCCCUGGUGGCUUUGGGAUCAGCUUCUCCACUGUC